AAUCUUUCACGGCUUUUUACACCUUUCAGACAGAGUAAGAUGGCGAGGCCAAGCGAAGAUGGCCAGGCCUAGUGAAACUACGCGCCACGUACAAGAGGAUGAGUGUGAGUGAGUGAGUCUGUGUGUUUGUGUGUGUGUGUGUAUGUGUGUGUGAGUGAGUGACCAAUGUUUGUACAUUUGGUACCUAAUCUUUGGUACCCUACCCGGUAGUACCACUUUUUGCUGCCAAGAUACCAAAAAUACGUGCCAUUGUCAAAGCUUCAAAAGCAGAAUUCUAUUUUCCUGCAGGAUAUAGUGUGAAUACCCCAGAGAAAAGUGUUCACCGCGCUUCGUACGAGCACCACUGUAUUCAGAAUUUCCGUGUUGCAGUAGGGUCACCGAGUGUUGCAUGUUCAUCGGGUGUUCGGUCGGUCAAAGUCCGUCAUAAACCACUUAGUUACCACAAUAACAGCCCCUCAGAAUAGAAUGCGUAUCUUAUUUCCGUGUUGGGUCAUCGGGGUAGAGUUGAAACUCCCAAAAGGUCAACAAAACAAAAACAGGAGAGGCAAAGUUUGUGACAAGGUCGGUCCCGUAUGAUACAUUGGUAAGGCAAAAGCUGGCGGAAGUCCGGCCCGAAUAAAUUGAGCUUGCCGCCUUGAAUCCUUCAGCUCCCGAGUUCGCCCUCCGUGGUCAAGAAAUGGCGGAUCUGGAUGCAAAAGCUAUUCAUGGAUAUUUUGUAGAUUCAAAACCAUAGAUAGUUCAUAGGUCUUUCAGUGCCAAACUUGUGUACGAGUUGACGUUCUUUGUUCGAGUAACUUUGAGUUGUGCUAAACUUUGUACGCCCAUGCAGUUCAGUUGCCAUACAAAAGGUUGUCCCUUUGCGACAAGUUGUGGCGGCAGCUAGUGCAAGAGCGCAAAAUGGCACAAGUUUACAAAGAGCAACAGUGCACUUCGUCGACGUGAAGCAUUCUAUCUGAUCUGAUUAUAAGACAUCAAACACGUUAGUCGUCAUUCGGCAGGGAGGCAUGGCUUGCACGACUGUGUACGAGAGAGGGGAGAAGGCGUGUUCUCGGGCCCACGGCACUGCCAUCUCCAGGUGGCAGCUUGCCUGUGUUUGCCUCAGCGUGGUCGCCAUUACCCUCUCUCUUUUCACCCUGUUCUGGGUGCAGAAGAUCGUGCAGGAUUUGGAUCACCGCUGCGGCUGUGAGGUACGGAGGCGUGCGGAGGAGGGACACUCUGCGCCCGUCACGUCACUCUCGGGACCGUCGGGCCUACAAGACGUCGAGACCCCCGACACAGACCCAGACACCAUCCAACUGGCCAGAUGGAAAGCGGACGAGGAAGAGGACGAAGAAAAGUUUGGGCAAAGUCGCAACAAAAGAUCUAAAGGGAAAAGGGACCGCCAGAGGAAGAGAUGCAGCCAAGUUACUAAAUGCAUGAGAAACGACACAGACACUUACGGAUUCUUCGAUGCACUUACAGAGAUCCGCGAACUCCGACAGAAUUUCACUCGGGACGUGAAAAAAAUGCUCACUAGGAGCUACGUCCACCACACCCACCCUGACGAUGUUGCUGAAUGGCCUGGCGACCGUAGAAACGUAAGCGAGCGCGAAACGGUGUUGAGUGUGAAGGUUGCGUCUCGGGAUGUCGCUGAGCGCUCUGGGGACGAGGAGACGACCACCAUUCAAGGCAGCGGCGUCUACCUUGUAUAUGGCCAGCUAACCUACGACGAACAGCAGAUCGUGGAAAGUAAGAGCUAUAACGGCCUGUCCAUCCUUGUGAUCUCCGACGACCAGAACAGGAACCCGCCCAAGUUCUUGACCUGCUGGCAGAAGUAUCCCGGUCCGGGCACCAACGCACCGACCUCGUGCUUCACCGCAGGCGUGGUCCCUCUCCAGGACGGGAUGAUGAUCAACUUGACGGCGACUGUCAGCGGGAGAAUCUUCAUCGACCGCGAGAAGACGUUCCUUGGGGCCGUUAACCUGGGGGAGCUCCCGCCUGAACCAAGUGAUGGAGGGUAGACGACAGGACGAAGCUGUUUACAUGUAUAUUUACUUGUACA